AUGAUGAGAGCUUUGUCGACGUCGUCUGUGUCGUCUUGCGGGGCACCGUCUUGUUCCUACGCUUCUUCAAAUGCGCUGCGUAGAAGAGGAUCGAACAACACCACCGUCGUCCACCGUCGACGUUUUCCUUUGUCGUUCUUCCUGCACCACCACCGAGGGUUUAGGGUUUUUGCCUCGCCGCAGCAGCAGCAACAACGACAAGAAAAGAGCACCCCGGCGGGGGGCGAAAAAAAUGAAGCUUUCGGGGAAGAAGAGUUACCAAACGUACUCGAGGAACUCGAACGAUUUAACUACGUCGGCGCGCAGUUCGUUCGAAGCAACGGCAAGGCGGUGAGGAACUUGUCCAGUAAAAACGGCACCGCGAAGAAGUCGCAAGAGAAGAAUAAGAUGGCGCUGGAAGAGCCGAAGAGGACGAAGAAUAAUAUCGUCAAUGCCGCGAACAACGCGGUGAAUGGGAUGAGCGCGAACAACGGGCAGAUGGUAGUAAAACGAAGCGUUGGGAGGCCGAAGGAGAGCGGGAACGUUGCGGCGGCGGCGGCGAGGAGCGCGACGGGCGACGAGGACGGAGCGUCGGUCGACGAAUCGAACGAAACGCUCAUACCGACCGGGUUGAGAGAAGAGGUGUUUUGCGUGACGACGGUGGAGGAUGCGAAACACGCCGUGGCUAUUUUGAACGAGAAUUUAGGUACGGACGAGGAACCGAAAUAUCACGCGUUGGAUACGGAGGUGUCGCACAUCGACGUGACGUGCCAGACGCCGGUUGGUCACGGGAACGUGAUUUGUUUCUCCGUGUUUGCUGGUCCGGAUGUAAACUUUGCAAAACCCGGUGAGUCAAAGAAAUCGUUGUUGUGGGUCGAUUUGUUGGAUAAAGACAACGUGAGAUUCAACCAAGAGAUUUUUGAUGUGUUUACGUCGUACUUGGAAAACGAGAAAGCGAAGAAAGUGUGGCAUAAUUACUCGUUCGAUCGACACGUGGUUGAAAAUCAUGGCAUUCAGCUCGGCGGGUUCGCCGCGGAUACCAUGCACAUGGCGAGGUUGUGGAAUACGAACCGAAAACUAGACGGUGGGUAUUCGUUGGAAGCGUUGACGUCUGAUGCGGAAGUCAUGGCGGAUUGCGGCGAGAUGCUUUCCGCGUCGGAAACGAUGAUGCGCGCUAAAUUGGGAAUGAAGAAAAUCUUCGGGAAACCAAAGUUAAAGAAGGACGGGACGCCUGGAAAAACGAUCGAGUUACCACCGAUGGAAGUUAUUCAAACGACGGACGAUUCUCGAGACCGAUGGAUUGAAUACGCCGCGUUGGAUGCCAUGGCGACUUGGUUCUUGCGAGAAUCCUUGGAGGCAAAAUUGCGAGGGAUUUCCUGCGACGCGUGCCCGAUUUUGUCGGGCAAACCUCAGUUUAAGAAAUCAACAACGUUGUGGGAUUUUUACACUCGAUACACGCGACCGUUCGGUAACCUUCUCACGCAGAUGGAACGAAACGGUAUGCGCGUGGACUUAGAACACUUGGCAAACGCGGAACAGCUCGCCAUGAGCGACAAGAAAGUCGCCGAAGAGUAUUUCCGCGAAUGGGCGGCGUCCAAAUGCGAAGACGCAAAAUACAUGAACGUCGGUUCGGGAUUACAAAUUCGUCAACUCUUGUUCGCGGGUGCGAGAAAUAAGCGAGGCAACGACAAACCUGGCGUGGAGAAAACGAGAGAGUUUACGCAAGAAUCGCAAGAAUGGCUCGAAUGGGACGCCAAGGGACGAGAAGGCAAAGCGCCGAAAAAGACUUCAAAGAUUACAUUACACGGAAUAACAAAGAGACCGUUGCCGGUGUUGACGUACACGGCGACUGGCCUGCCGGCCGUGUCGAGCGUUGUUUUGCGGCAAUUGGCGGGUAAACCCGGCGCAGCUCGUGAAAUAUGCGACAACUGGGACUCCUUGCCGGAGGCGGAUAAAAAGAAUGAAAAAUUGUCCAAGAUUUGCGGCACGGCGUUUGAGGCGUUUGGGAGAGGUUUCGAAGGCGCACGAGCGUGCGCCGCAAUCGACGCACUCAACGACCUCGCCGCCGUAGAUACGUUGUUGUCUAAUUUUAUCAUUCCGUUACAAGGCGACGAUAUUCGAGGCCCGGAAGGACGCGUACACGGCGCCGUAAAUAUCAACACGGAAACCGGCCGAUUGUCCGCGCGAAGACCUUCGUUACAAAAUCAACCGGCGUUGGAGAAAGAUCGAUAUGGGAUUCGCCGCGCAUUCACCGCCGAGGAAGGUAAAACCUUGAUCGUCUGCGAUUACGGACAGUUGGAACUCCGUUUACUCGCGCACAUGGCGGAUUGUAAAUCCAUGAAGGAGGCGUUCAUCGCAGGCGGUGAUUUUCACUCGCGAACGGCGCUCGGUAUGUACCCGAACAUUCGAGAAGCGAUGGAUAAAGGUGAAUGUUUACUAGAAUACGGUCCGAAACGCGAAGGCGAAGAUGAGGACGCUCCUCAACCGCCGUUGUUGAAAGAUAUGUUCGCCUCGGAAAGACGUAAAGCGAAAGUGUUGAACUUUUCCAUCGCGUACGGUAAAACGGCGCACGGUUUGGCGAAAGAUUUCGGAACGGAUUUAGAAGAGGCGAACAAAACGGUCGAUUUGUGGUACUCCGAUCGCCCGGAAGUUCGAUCGUGGCAAGAAGUUCAACGUAAACACGCGGAAAAACACGGCCACGUGCGCACUUUGUUAGGUCGAACCCGAUCUUUACCGGACGCGAAAUCUCGAAACGAACAGUUCAAAUCGCACGCUUUGCGCGCUGCGAUUAACACGCCCAUCCAAGGCGGCGCGGCGGACAUCGCGAUGUUGGCCAUGUUGAAAAUCCAAAGGUGCCCUCGAUUAAAACAGCUCGGGUAUAAGUUGCUCAUGCAAAUUCACGACGAAGUCAUUUUAGAAGGUCCUGUAGAACACGAAGAAGAGGCGUUGGCGUUGACAAAGGCGCACAUGCAAAAUCCGUUCGAGGACGCCAACGGCGAGAACGUGAACUUGUUAGACGUCGAAUUAGUCGUCGAUGGUGAUUCCGCGAAAACGUGGAUGGACGCAAAGUAA